GAGCCAAGUUCGUUUCAGAUCUUGUAGUUGGAGUACAAUUUUAAUUUAUUUCGGGGCUUGUAUUUAUUUAUUUCAAAAUGUUAAUAGAAAACGUUUUGGAUGGAUUUUGUGAUGAAAUUUAUCAUUUCUUAAUUGGUAAAUCUAAAUUACAUAAAGGAUUACUAGUGAAGAAACAUUCGGAAAAUUUGCAACAGCAUGGUGAUUUUAGUUUCCCCAAUACAAUAAAAUCAUGGCAUCAAUAUCUAGAACGGAGUGGCUGCAGCCAGGAUUCUGCUACAACUCUUUUGAAAUACUUACAAAAAGAAAAUGCUGAUCUUGUUAAUGAGUCAAAAUUAUGGCAUCUUGAAUUGAUAAAAGUGAAACUAGAGAAAGACCGUGUUCAUUUAUUUCUUAAUCGUCCGAAGUCGAUAUACAUCGGAUUGAGAGAGGCAAUAAACAUUAAUAGAAUCAUAGCUCCGCUUAUUAAACACAACAGUAGUUGUAUAUAUUGUGAUAUUAACAGUGAAGAUAGUGAUUGCUUGACAAUGUUGCGUUUAAAAUAUUUAGCUGUGACUAUUGAAAAGUUGUAUUCCAUAUUCAAUAGAGAACGAGAGUGCUGGCCUAAUAUAUUCAUAACAACAAAAUCUUCACAAAAGAAAGAAUCUACACAUUCAAUCUUAUGUGGGGCUGUGCUCAACACUGCAACUGGAGGUAAAGAAACAAACAUUAAGGCUGAUGAUUAUAUUAGGAUGCGUCAAAAUGAGAUGAUUCUUAUUGCUCAACACAAAUAUGGAGUCAGAGUAUCCAUGGAGGAGAAAUGGAAAGAGUUUAUUGACCACCUCGGAGAAUCUGCUGUAGUGUUUGAGUUGCUACAAACAAAACCUGGUAGUGCUGUCAAAAUUAAUUUUGAAUGUUCUUCAGCUGGUUCUAGCAAAGGAGCUGCCUUUGUAUUAUACAAUUGUGCAAGAUUAGAAGCCUUAAUUAGGUCAUAUAAUGAAAAAGUAGUUGAAGGCAUCUACCCUACUUUACCUGAUAUUGAAAAUACAGAUUUAAGUCUGCUAACAAAUGAGGAUGAAUGGUGCCUAGUGUUCAAUUAUAUAAUGGGAUUCCCAUCAAUGCUGGAGAAUUGUGUGGAAGUUAACGAGAAAACAUGCGAGUUCAGGCCACAUCUCUUAUGCAGUUUCCUGUGUUCUAUGGUUCGGGUAUUCAGCCAGUACUAUAGAAAAGUUCGUGUACUUACAGAGCCAAGAAAGCAUCUCUUGCCAGUGUUGUUUGCCCGUCUACACAUGUUGACAAUACUUAAUGAUACACUCAAAACUUGUCUAAAUAUUUUGAAUAUUAAAAGUGUUUCACAAAUGUAAAUAAAGUUUCAUUAAGAC